AUGGGGAAAAGCUGGUGGAUCUCCUGCAUGGGCCAGCAGCGGGAAGAACUCGGGGUGAGAAAAAAGGGUUUGAAGACCCUCCUGGGGCUGGACAAUACCGAGGGGGAGGCACAUGUUCUGCAGAAUGACUCUGAGUGUGGGCUCUUGGUAUCUGGGACUCCAGAUGGCUCCAGGAAAGUAUUGGUCUCCUAUACUGGCUGUUAUGUCUUUGAAUGGGAUGGCAAUUACCUCAUGCUGGUUGGGCUUGAAGGAACAGACGAUGCUGGACAAAAGGUUCUUCAUGAAGAGAAGCUGCUCAGGUGCCCUGUGGACCUUCCUGCCCUGGAUGCUCCAAGCAGUGGUGUCUGUUCUGCUGUCCUCAGCCAAGACCGGCUGCUGUGUGCCUCCUUGCCUAUCAGCCAGGGAGACUGUGAAGAGCGAGGCUGCUGCUAUGACCCUAGGGACAGGGUGAAGCCUUGUUACUUUGGUCACACAGGACUUUUAUAUGACCAUGAUGCAGGGGACAAGAAAUACCUACGUAAAUGAAGAUCAAGACAAGCGCUGCAAACCAGACAUCCAAACACAAGCAAAGCCCGCGAGGACAAAUAAGCCCAGAGGAGAGCCACCUGUGGUGGAAUCCAUUUAUGAAAACCAUCCACCCUGU